GUGUACUCAAAGUCUCAAACCUUCUUCUUCUUCUCUCUUCUCCCGAGCUGGGUCAUCGUCAUCGCCCCCAUUUCCCAAAAUCCAUAUUUGAUUCCGUCCAAUUGCUAAACAUUUUAUAUUCCUCGUUAUUUGCUUAAAAAUCUCGAUUCGUUUUCCUCCAUUUCAGGCAAUUAAAGCUGCAUAAUUUCAUCAGAUCUGUACAAGAUCGUUGCAUAUAUCCCGCAACCCACUUUUGAUUAGCAGAUUUAUUGUUUGUAGAUUUGGUAAAACAAUGGAAACGUGUAGUACAUAAACAUCACAACCCUGGGUUCUUCGUUUCUUGGAUUGUGGAAAAGGUCUGGCUUUGCCUCGGCAAUUGUUUGAUUUUCGUCUGAAAGUUCGAGCACCCAUCUGGUGAAUCAAUGGCGGUUCCGACCAUUGCACUGUACGCGAGCUCGGCGAGUAACGUGUGCCCCACGCCGUAUUCUUGCCAGAUCAACUCGCUCGACUUUGAUUUCAGCAGCAGACCACCCCCCUCCGCUUCGCAGAAACCAAUCGUUGGAGGGCUGUCGUGUUUGUUCUCCUCGCAUUCAGUGAAGCACGGCUCGCCGCCUUCUACUUAUUCGUGCGGGGCAGAGGAUUUGGGAUAUCUGCGCCAUGAUAGAGGCGAUGAAUUGAGUAGCUCUUUCCAGUGUUCGUCUCUCAGCUCGUCUUUGAAGCAAGAUCAUGCUUCCAGGAGCCCUAUUUCUGUGCUUCAAGGCCCGGGAAGCAGUGUUAGUAGUGGUUUUGGAUCAUGUUCUAAGAGUCCUUCAAAGAGAAUUGCUGGAGAUUUCUGCUCGAUUCGGCCUGGGAGUGGUAACAUGUUUAAUAGGUUCGUCCGGCACGCUUUGGGCUCGUGCGUGGACUAUACACAUGACAUAGAUUCUGCUCCUCCUCAGCAUCUAGAUGAACUAACAUUUACUAUGGACGAGAGUUUUGGGUGUUUCAAGAUGGAACCAUAUGCUGAAGCUUUACUUUUGGAUGCACAAAAAAGGCAUGAGAUCUUCCAUGACGACCUUGUUGUCAAAGCUUUCUGCGAGGCAGAGAAAGCUCAUAGAGGCCAGGUGAGGGCUAGUGGAGAUCCUUAUUUGCAGCAUUGCAUGGAAACUGGUGUGUUGCUAGCAAUGAUUGGAGCUAACUCAACAGUUGUUGCUGCAGGUCUUUUACAUGACGCACUUGAUGAUACGUUCAUGACUUAUGACUAUAUUGUUGGGGUUUUUGGAGCCGGGGUUGCUGAUUUGGUUGAAGGGGUGUCAAAGCUUAGUCAGUUGAGCAAGCUUGCACGAGAGAAUGACACAGCAAAUAAAAUUGUUGAGGCAGAUCGAUUGCACACGAUGUUCCUUGCAAUGGCAGAUGCAAGAGCAGUUCUCAUAAAACUAGCUGAUCGGCUGCAUAAUAUGAUGACCUUGGAUGCCCUUACUUUGUUCAAGCAGCAGAGGUUUGCCAAGGAAACAUUGGAAAUAUUUGCCCCAUUGGCAAAUCGUUUAGGCAUCUCUAGUUGGAAGGAGCAGCUUGAGAAUCUCUGUUUCAAGUAUCUUAAUCCGGUUCAGCACGAGGAACUGUCCUCAAAAGUCGCAAAGACCUUUGAUGAGGCCAUAGUUAUUUCUGCUGUUGAGAAAUUGGAACAUGCAUUGAAGGGUGAAGCCAUUUGUUAUCAUGCUCUCUUAGGAAGGCAUAAAAGCUUAUACAGCAUCCACCGCAAAAUGUUAAAAAAAAAGCUCACCAUAGAAGAAAUACACGAUAUCCGGGGGUUGAGGUUAAUUGUUGAGAAUGAGGAAGACUGUUACAAAGCUGCUGCGGUUGUCCAUCAGCUAUGGCGUAAAGUGCCUGGAAAAUUCAAAGACUAUAUUCUGCAUCCCAAGCUCAAUGGGUAUCAGUCUCUACACACUGUAGUUUUUGGUGAAGGAAUGGUGCCAUUUGAAGUUCAAAUUAGGACGAAGGAGAUGCACUUGCAAGCAGAGUGUGGGUUUGCAGCUCAUUGGAGAUACAAGGAGGGAGGUUGCAAACAUUCUUCCUUUGUGCUUCAGAUGGUUGAGUGGGCCCGCUGGGUUGUGACCUGGCAUUGUGAAACGAUGGGCUCGAACAACUCUCAACCUAUCAAACCACCAUGCACGUUUCCUUUACAUUCUGAGGGAUGUCCAUACUCCUGCGUGCCCGAUUGUGUCUCUGACGGCCCUGUUUAUGUGAUCCUGAUUGAGAAUGAAAAGAUGUCUGUUCAAGAGUUUUCUGCAAAUUCAACGCUUAAGGAUCUGUUGGAGAAAGCUGCUAGGGGGAGCUGCCGAUGGAUGAUCCCUUCUAGUUUCCUGGCAAAGGAAGAGCUAAGGCCGCAGCUAAACCACAAGCCGAUCACAGACCCCGCGUGCAAGCUGAGAAUGGGGGAUGUGAUAGAACUAACCCCAGCCAUCCCUCACAAAUCCCUUGUAGAAUACAGGGACGAGAUCAAACGCAUGUACGACGGGGCCCCACCAAAUGUGGCCAAGUCCGGCACAGCCAUGGCCGGUUCAAGAAGUUGACGACGGGUUUCUUGUUUUCCCUCCUCUUUUUUUUCUCUCAAAAUGUGGAAUUGUAGCAAGAAAGUCACGCCGUCGUCGUCUUGUAUGUAAAUAUAUGCAGUUAAAAAAACAGUUGGCCACUUGUAUAGAAAGUGUGGGUGUGUUAAAAAGCUAGGAAAAAUGCUGUGGUUGGUUUGAUAUGGAGUGCAUGACUUUUCUUUCUUUUGUUUCUUCUCUCUUUUCUCCACUUAUAUAUAUGCCUCAAGCUCAUUUAAUUUUCCCAGUUUGACUAUAGAUAGAUUUAAAAAACAUUUUUUAAAAAAAUGUUGAAUAAUAAAAACUGAGUAUUUAG